UAACCUGUAACUAUGGAAAUGGAGGCUGCCAACACACGUGUGAUGACACGGAUAGUGGUCCUGUGUGCGGUUGUCAUCAGAAAUAUGCAUUGCAUUCAGAUGGCCGAACAUGCAUUGAUAUAGAUGAAUGCCUGAUGAACAACGGUGGCUGUGAUCACUUCUGCAGGAACACAGUGGGAAGCUUUGAAUGCAGCUGCCAAAAGGGCUACAAAUUACUAACGAAUGAACGGACCUGCCAAGAUAUAGACGAAUGUUCAUUUGAAAGGACCUGUGACCAUACCUGCAUCAACUAUCCUGGAAGUUUUGAAUGCUUAUGUCACAAGGGUUACACGUUAUAUGGAAUGACACAUUGUGGAGAUGUAGAUGAAUGUAGCAUCAACCAUGGAAGCUGUGAUUAUGGAUGUCUUAAUACUGUGGGAACUUACGAAUGUUUAUGUCCACCUGGACGAAAAUUACAUUGGAAUAAAAAAGAUUGUGUUGGUAAGUAACACUAUGGAAUAGACAUUUUCUACUUUUUCACUUUUUGUAUUAAUGGAUGGUUAUAAACUGAAUGUUUAAGUAAAUAAAAAUUAUUUUUCAAGCCUAAUACUGUACCCAUUCAAUAUUUAUUGUAUAUUGUGAGAGUGACUUCCUUCUCUUUCUUUUGUUGCACAAAUUCUUCCUUCCCUUUCAUUUAAUUCUUAAUCAUGUUUCCUUUUCUUCAAAGGAGGUAAAAGUAACUGAUUUCAGUUUUAUUUCUUAUUUAUUGAUUUUUAUAUACCUUGUUUCCCCAAAAAUAAGACCUCCC